ACGCAAACGUUAGACUCCUUAUAUGGUAUUUCUGUAAUACUACGCUUUGUGUCAAUGUUUUUUAUGUUAAUUAUAUUCUAAUGUCCAGCUGUAUUCAGUAGUAGUACGGCAUGCGCAGUGUCGUUUUGAGAAAAUAGAAAGGAUUCAAAGUUUUUGAGGUCGAUAACUCCCUGGCGAGCUUUGAAAAUGUUCGGUUUUCAUAAAUCGAAGAUCUAUCGGAGUCAUGAAGGCUGUUGCAUUUGUAAAACCAAGUCGUCAAGCUCCCGCUUUACGGACAGCAGCCGAUACGAGGAAAACUUUAGACUCUGUUUUGGACUAGUAGAGGAUCGAGUUGGAGACAUCUGCAAUGCCUGUGUCUUAUUGGUGAAAAGGUGGAAAAAACUGCCGCUUGGAUCUAAAAAGAACUGGAACCACGUGGUAGAUGCAAGGGCUGGGCCUGGAUUUAAGCUGACCAAACCCAAGAAGGAGAAAAGCAGGGAGGCGAAAAAGAAAAGCAAGCUGAAGAGACUCCAUAAAUUUAAAAGACAGAGUGAGUUGCAGUUUUGCAAAAUGAAAGACUCCGAUGCCCAUAGCAGCACCUCCAGUGUGUCUCCUCCACAGUCACCCAGCUACAGCAAUCAGUCUGACGACGGCUCGGAUGUUGAAUCGAAGCAGAGGCGUGCCUCACCAUCCUCCUUCUCCUUCCUCGAUCUUUCCUACUGGAAGAGACAAAAGGUGUGCUGUGGGAUCGUCUACAAAGGUCGCUUUGGAGAAGUCAUCAUUGACCCGCGCUUCUUCAAACCCUGUUGUAGCUCCAAGAAGCAGGAGACUCUACUGCCUGCACAGGAGGCACACCUUUCUACUCCUCCUGUUUCUCUAGCAGAGGAGGACCUGAAGGGGACCUGGUGAUGGCCCACAUGCUCUGCCCCCUCAGAGUCUCAUUGGCUCCUCUUAGCUUUGUCUCCAGUGGCAGACUCGACCUCCACAAUUCCCUUUGUAGCUUACUGUAUAGCUGUUAGACAGGUAGACAGUGUCCCAUUUAAAAAAAAUUAUUUUGAAUAUUUCUUUUUUUUGUAUAAAAAUGAAUUUCCCUAUCUUUUUUAAGAAAAUGAAAAAUAAAAAAAGCUGUUUUAAGGUCAGGGCAUUAGUUUAUAUUUAUAGUUUCAGGAAGUAUGAUUAUUACUUUUUUUUUUUUGUCCAGAAGCAAACGUGGGUUUUUAUGUAUUCAAACUGUGAACUCAUCCCAUUUUAUCAGUGCCAGUUUGUAAAUACGGUUACAUUUAAUGGUUUUUACUUUUGGUUCUUUUGUCCUUUUUGGCUAAAAAGGAAGUUUAUUUCUGUAUUAUGCAUAGAUUAACAUGAUACAUCAUUUCAACGCAGUGAUGGGUUCUUAUUUAUGGCAUUUUGUGGCAACUACUUCUUAUUCUGCAUAUUUUAGACACAAACCACGUUACUGACGUUUUUGUGUGUUUGAUAGGUCCAUUCCGGGUAUCUGGGAAAGUAUGACGUUCAGGGCAGUGUUGUUGGGUUUUUUUUUUUUUCUUUUAAACCCCAGAUGCCUUUCAAACUUAAUUCCUUCCUGCAGUACUGACCCUAGAUCAGUUAUCAACAAAUGUGUUCGGAAGUUGGUCAGUUUUAAUAAAUAUGCAAUGGAAGUAUGGAAGGUGUUUGACACCUAGGUUUGUAUGGUAUCACCUUUCAGUAGGUGUGUGGCCCCAUUUUGCCUGUCUGUUGAAACAUAUUUACUCAGACAGUUGAUGUAUCCGAACUUUCAUUGUGUGUACGUACAUCUAUCCAAAUGCACCUAGUCUCAGUCUGUAAAGCUCUAUCCCAUGGUUUCCCAACAAGGUACCUUUUAAUUAUUUGCUCUUUAUGCCUAUAUUUUGUCAGGCUUGUAUGUCCUUGUAAGAAAUUAAGGCAUUUUGAGCAAUUUGAUGCCACGAGUCCCCUCCCCUUUACUACUUAAAGGACUGCAGCAUAGUCCUUUACACAUUGUGAAAGCUAAGACACUUGUGAGUAUUAUGGUUUGUUUAUAUGCUUUAACCCAUGUGAAGCACGUGAAUGCUGAUGUCAGGAAGGAUCGUAGCCUGUAUAAUCAGCUCCCCUGCUAAUGUUGUCUGAGAAACUCCCUCAUGGUUUGUCAUUAUUCAGGUUAUUUGUAACAAAAAAAAUUACAAAUGAAAUCUAUGCAGACGUUUUGAAUGUGUGAAAUCAUGCUGAAUUAAAGAGCCAACUAACAUCA